CGAAUGAACUGCACGUUCUUAGUGUUUGCAAAACAACAGUAUUGUGUUGUGUUCAGGUUUCUUUCAUUAAACAGCCUUAGCUCUAGGGAAGACGGUGAACAUGGGAAAUUCUGCAUCUGUCAAAAUGAACGACAAACGGCGCUGGCAGAGCGAAUCCGCAAUGAGUCCAGCGCCCCCCGCUCACUGUAACAAAACUGGCGUUCCGUUCUCGGCAGUCAAGCAGUCGCAAGCGACAAGCGGACGGAAGUGUACGUAUAGCGAAAUGGAACGUGAUCGUAUCGGAUUAUGGGGCUCCGGGGACGGACAGCCCACCAGCGGCCUCUCCGGCCUCGACCACCUCAAGCACCCCGGCCUCAACAAGGGUAUGGCUUUUACCAUCGAAGAGCGUCAGCUCUUGGGCAUCCACGGGUUGUUACCACCACGAGUCAAGACGCAAGAGGAGCAGGUUGAACUAUGCAAGCUCUCGAUCGACAGAUACGAAAAUCCACUUAACAAGUACAUCUAUCUUAUGGGGCUCUUGGACCGUAAUGAGCACCUGUUCUACCGUUUCGUCGCGGAUAACGUGGCUGAAAUGAUGCCGAUUGUGUACACUCCGACGGUUGGCCUGGCCUGUCAGAAGUUCGGCCUCGUGUACCGCCGACCAAGGGGCCUCUUCAUCACGAUCCACGAUAAGGGACAUGUAUACGAUGUUCUUAAGAACUGGCCGGAGACGGACGUCCGCGCCAUUGUUGUAACCGACGGAGAACGUAUUUUGGGCCUGGGCGAUUUGGGCGCGUGCGGGAUGGGCAUCCCUGUGGGCAAACUCGCGCUCUACACCGCGCUCGGAGGCAUCAAGCCUCAUCAGUGUCUGCCCAUCACUAUCGACGUGGGUACGAACACCCAGUCGAUGCUGGACGACCCGCUGUACAUCGGGCUCCGGCAGCGGCGCGUGCGCGGCUCCGACUACGACGAGCUGCUCGACGAGUUCAUGCGCGCCGUCGUGCGCCGCUACGGGCAGAACUGUCUCGUGCAGUUCGAGGACUUCGGGAACGCCAACGCUUUUAGACUCCUCGAGAAGUACAGGAACAAGUACUGCACUUUCAACGACGACAUCCAGGGGACGGCGGCCGUGGCGGUGGCCGGACUACUCGCCAGUCUCAGACUCACACAGAAGAGGCUGUCUGACAACGUCAUCGUCUUCCAGGGAGCCGGAGAGGCCGCUUUGGGUAUCGCGGAAUUGUGCGUUAUGGCUAUGAAGGGCGAGGGCACACCGGAGCAGGAGGCGAGGUGCCGCAUCUGGAUGGUGGACUCGAAGGGCCUCAUCGUCAAGAACAGACCGGAGGGAGGACUUAACGUUCACAAGGAGAGAUUCGCUCAGGACCACGCGCCCGUCAGGACCUUGGCUGAAGUUGUGGAGGUGGCCAGACCGUCGGUGCUUAUUGGAGCGGCCGCCAUCGGUGGUGCUUUCACCCCUGAGAUAUUGAGAAAGAUGGCAAACUUCAACGAGAAGCCAGUCAUCUUCGCCCUCUCCAACCCCACCAGCAAGGCGGAAUGUACCGCUGAAGAAGCUUAUAGUAACACCGACGACCGUGCUAUAUUCGCGUCGGGAUCACCGUUCCCGGAGUACCGCAGUAAGUCGGGCGCGUUGUUCCGCCCGGGACAAGGCAACAACUCGUACAUCUUCCCGGGACUCGCGCUCGGCAUCAUCUGCGCCGGAAUACUGGACAUCUCGGACGACUUCAUGCUACUCGCCGCCGAGGCUUUAGCGGAAAUCGUGUCGGAUGAUGAUCUCGCAUACGGAAGCUUGUAUCCGCCUCUGCACAUGAUAAAGGAUUGUUCCGUUAAGAUCGCGAAGAAGAUUGUCGAACACGCCUACAAUACAGGCAAGGCGUCGGUGCAGCCGCAGCCGCUCGACACGGAGGAGUUCAUCCGCGCGCAGAUGUACAGCGUCGAGUACGGCGCCGCGCUGCCGCCCGCCUACCCGUGGCCGGACAACCAGCCGCGGGUCGCGAUCAUCUAACCACCGCACACGACGACCCACAACCGACUCGUUUCAAAGGCCACUUUAAGAACCGUGUGCUUGGUGCGAGUUAACGUUCUCGAUAACGUAAAAGUUAACGAAACUUUGUAUGCAGUUGGAACAGCGCCCCUAGCGGCAAACGUAGGAAAACGAUACCAUUCCAUACAAAUACGAGCUAACUUUUACGCUAUCGAGAACGUUAACUCUAAGCACACAGCUAACAACGUAACCUUCCUCGUCUACGUCCCUUUGUACUAGUGACACGAGCUUAAUGUUUCAACUUUACUAAUUAAUGUAUGAUUACGGCAGUUAACUUUGUAUCAACAUAAGUUGAUACAAAGUUAAAGUUGUCAACUGAUUGUGUCCACAGCCGACAUAUUGUAGUUAGAUGACUAGUAUUUUAGACGUUGAAUUACUGUAUCGUUACGCUGCCCCGAAAUACUAGCCUCGUGUAAACUAGCCAUUAUCGGUCUCAGCGAUGGUUAUGCCCAAAAAUUGCUAAAGUUCCGUGGCAUUGACUGAUUUUGUCUAAAAAAAGAUUAAGUUGCCUUUGAAACCAAUUUAACUUCUUAACUUUAAAUAUCAAUUCAUUGUUUUUCUAAAAUAUGAAAUAAAAUAUAAUUGUGAAUUUGAUUACAUUUGAAGUUGAAUUUAAUGCAUAAAUUCUGUAAACGGUUACCAGAAAAGAAUUUGUUUUUCAACUUUGAAAUUGAUUGUUUCUUUAUUAAAUUUGACUUUGCAAAUUAAAAUGAGAACCUCAUAAAGAUCUAAAGUAUACGGAUUAAGGGAACCAUUACAAAUUUAUAUUUUAUUGUAGAAUUUUAACAUUCAACAAAAAAAAAACAUGGGAUUAACAUCAAUAAUGCGCAAAGAACAAAGUGUACUAACUAAUACAUUAUUUAUUUAAUUUAUAUUUGUUCUAAGAAUCAUUCCAAAACAACGAAAUGAAUGUGACAAUUGAUUGUAAUUAAAGACCAAUAAAUAACCAGCUAAACUGGCUCUCUUUCGUAUCUAUGCAAUUAGAGAUAAUAUUUACAAUUAAGCUGUUACAAUUUGUUCAGGUUCCUUUUGUGAUUUAGAAUAUAAUGUUGUAUUUAUGUUUGAAGUAAAUAAAAAAAUCUUAAAAUA